UUUGUAUAAGAUGCGAAUCCUCCUCUGAGCAUCCUCCCACGCUCCGCACCGCCUUCACUUGCUCUCCUCAUUCCCCCGCGCUUCCACCAACCCAAAUCAUCUUCCCCCUCCCACUCUGCUUAUUCACGAUGGUGUCUCUCCGUCUCUUGUCCUUGUCUGCCUUCGUGCUGGCCGCAGCCUCCGCAGCGUCGGCCGCAACGGUGACUUUCGACUGCUCGAAGGUUCCCAACAUUUGCUCGAACGAUUGUUACGCCCUCAAGUGCGCAGGCAAACCCAGCACCCUUCACAGAAACUCUGCAGCAGCUACGGAUAACCGUAAUCACAACGCUUGCAAAUCUCCCAAUCGAUGCUCUGGAAAUCCCGACGAUAGCAAUUCUUGCGACGAGUACCCUUACGCUUCCACCUCCGAGGGCGGUGCGGGCGCAGUGACCCGUUGCGUUCCCGCUCACGAGAACAGCGUUCAAGGUGGCACCCUCUCCUCCUUCUACACCCGCAGCAACGUGCAGCAAGGAGACGCUUACAACGUCGCCUUUACCGGAACUUCUGGUCUUCAAUACUGCGGAGGCAGCUGUUCCAACAGCGGCAACGAGGUUCAACGCAGAGGCAUGCUCUUCAACAAGCGUCAACAAGUCACCCUUCACGCCGAGCGCAGAUUCAAGUUGGAAAAUGGAGCAGAGAUCCUCAUGUUCGAACCCAUCGCCAAGCGCGGAGCUUUCAACUCUCUCGUCGGUCAGACCGUGCACCUCAACGACGUUGACGUCAAGGUCGUUGAGGCUCUGUGAGCUGAUGCCGAAAUCCUAUGCGAUCCAACCUUUCGGGCUCAUUUUCUUUCGAGUUCUUUUGGCGUCAAGGCCUGCAACGCUGUUAGCGUCGUUGAUGUCCCUGAUCGGCCUAGAGGACUUACAUUACCUCUCUACACGAGUG